GGGAAUGCAACAUGUGAACGAAGCGCUGAGAAUGGGCGGUUCGUGUUGCCUAAUGACCUCGUCUCUCCAUAGCAUGCUGAAUAAGAGACCCACACUUCUGAUCACGGUCUUUCCUUGGCAUUCCACGGUGGUUUGUGAUUGGUGCUUAUCAGAAGAACACUCCCACUGGUUGUCUAUUAAGUGCCACGUUCCGAGUUUUGUGAGGCUGCUGACCUCGGACCGCUAUUCACCAGCCAUUCCAACCACUAAUACAUGUCUUGGAGAAGACCUAUGGUUGAGGCUACAUUAACUCUGCCCUGAUCCACCUGGGCCUCUCCACCUACAGUUCUCCCCCUCCCCUCCAUUCCCAUCACUCAUUAUGGGGGAAGUAGUCCAGAUGCACUUCACCACACCGGACUAUGUCAUUUUUGCCCUCCUUCUGGUGGCCUCCACCUGCAUCGGCCUGUUCUACGCACUUUCCGGCGGGCGCCAGCGCACCACUCAGGAGUUCCUGUUGGCCGACCGUUCUAUGAGCUGCCUGCCGGUCUCACUGUCACUGCUCGCCACGUUCCAGUCUGCCGUGGCGAUCCUCGGGGCGCCCUCGGAGAUCUACACCUAUGGAACCCAGUACUGGUUCUUGGGAGUGUCCUACUUUCUGGGCCUGCUUAUCCCAGCCCACAUCUUCAUACCGGUCUUCUACAGGCUGCGCCUCACCAGUGCCUACGAGUAUUUAGAGCUGCGAUUCAACAAGACGGUGCGCAUCAUGGGGACUGUGACCUUUAUCUUUCAGAUGGUCAUCUACAUGGGAGUGGUCCUCUAUGCCCCCGCCCUCGCACUCAAUGCAGUGACUGGGUUUGACCUCUGGGGGGCAGUGCUGGCCAUGGGGCUGGUGUGUACACUGUACACAACACUGGGGGGGCUAAAGGCUGUCAUCUGGACUGACGUGUUCCAGACCAUUGUGAUGUUUGCCGGCCAGCUGGCGGUCAUUGUGGUUGGGGCCCACCAGGCAGGAGGCAUGGGGGAGGUGUGGCGCAAGGCCAUGAACGGCAGCCGCAUCGCCAGCCUGGACCUCAACCCUGACCCCACGGAGAGGCACACAUUUUGGACGCUGGGGGUGGGCGGCGUGUUCCUGAUGCUGGCUCUGUACGGGGUCAACCAAGCCCAGGUUCAGAGGUACCUCAGCUCGCGCACGGAGAGAGAAGCCAUCAUGUCUUGCUACGUGGUGUUUCCCUGUCAGCAGGUAGUGUUGUGUCUGGGUUGUCUUAUGGGGCUGGUGAUGUUUGCUCGCUACGGGGAGGACAGCCCGCUGGAUAAGGGCUAUGUCAAAACCAAUGACCAGAUGGUGCUUUACUUUGUGAUGGAUGUGUUCAAGGACCUGCCAGGCCUCCCAGGCCUGUUUGUAGCCUGCCUGUUCAGCGGUGCUCUCAGUACAAUCUCAUCAGCAUUCAACUCCCUAGCAACGGUAACGAUGGAGGACCUAAUCAAGCCUUACUGCCCGGGCAUGACGGAGGCCAAAGCCACGCUGCUCUCUAAGGGCCUGGCCUUGGCCUACGGCCUGGUGUGUCUCGCGAUGGCCUACAUUGCCUCUCUCAUGGGCUCAGUGCUGCAGGCUGCAUUCAGUAUCUUUGGGAUGGUGGGUGGUCCUCUUCUCGGCCUCUUCUGCCUUGGAAUGUUCUUCCCCUGGGCUAACUCCAUUGGAGCAAUAGUGGGGUUGGUGGCUGGCCUGGUUAUGGCCUUCUGGAUUGGCAUUGGUAAUUUCAUUUCCCGUAUGGCAGUCCCCACCCCUCUGCCGCCUUUCAUCAACGCCACCGCUAUGCCCGUCCCUGGAAACAUGACCACCGCCGUCAUGACGACCAUCAUGGACUCAAUCACCUCCAAACCAAAGCCCCGGGGUCUCCAGGCCCUGUACAGCUUGUCCUAUCUGUGGUACAGUGCUCAUAACUCCACCACUGUGGUGAUAGUGGGGUUGAUCGUCAGCCUGUUGACGGGUCCAUCGAAGGAGAAGUACCUGACCCCAGGGACAGUGUACCCUGUCCUGGGUAACCUGCUCUUCUUCCUGCCUGAACGCUACCGGGAGAAGCUCUGCUGUGUCACUCCGCUGCCACACAAGUCCAUAGCUGUUGGCACGCAGCCUUACCGGAUGGCUCAGAAGGAGCGCAAUGGCUUGGCCCAGAUGGAAGAGGAGGAGAAAACGGAGGAAAGGGGGAUGGAUGACAGGGAGGAGGACGAGGUUCGAGCCACCCCUCAGCCGUCCUGUCGACUGGCUCAUACAGUGCAGGAGACAGCCUUGUGAUAGCCCCCCCCCCCCCCACACCACAGACACACACACACACACACAAAUAUAUGCACAGCCCCCAGCCCAACCAUUUUCACACACCCCCACUUAGUGUUCAGCCCUAUGGGGAGAGGGCCCACGAUGAAUCGGAGAGGCAGUGGUGAUCCAGUAUGACUGGACAUGACUCCCAUCAAGCACCACAGGGUUCUUGUGGAAGAACAGGGAGUUUCAUCCCCUGACCCCUACUUCCUGGAAAAACUGAUACACCACACAUCUCUGGUGGUUUUUAGGAGUGCCAAAGUCCUCUGCUAUAAGAAUAGUGCACUUAAAGUUGGGAAGGGGUUUAGUGGUAUCUGCACUUAGUGACAGCACUGUUCACCGUUUUCCUGACCUGGAAGUACUUAUACCAGAGUUUUUAGAAGUGCAACAAGAUGGUAAAUUAUACAAGUGAAUGAAGCUCAAUGCUGAAGAGAAGUCUGGUCGUCAUUGUCAAUUUUGUAUAUUGUAGAGCCUGGACUAACCCUAUGGGCUUGCUAUUAUAUGAAUUAGUGGGUUUGUCCAAUAUU